UGUGGGUUGGUAAGCUAUUUGAAAAUCUUACCUCUGCACGCUACGUUGUACUUUGUGAUAAUUUUAUAUUUACAAGUUGCAAAGAUAGAUGUGAAACAAGAAACGCCUGUUGAUCAUGGGGAAAUUAUAUGCUUAAGUAUAUAUUCUGGACCAGAAGCAGAUCUCGGAAAUGGGAAGUCCAUUGUGUGGGUUGAUGUUCUUGAUGGUGGUGGUAGGGAUCUUUUGGAUGAAUUUGCUCCAUUCUUUGAAGACCCAUCCAUCAAAAAGGUUUGGCACAACUAUAGCUUUGAUAACCAUGUUAUUGAGAACUAUGGGCUUAGGCUUUCCGGUUUUCAUGCUGACAUAAUACAUAUGGCACAGUUGUGGCAUUCAUCGAGACAAACUGAGGGGGGGUAUUGUCUUGAAGCACUUACCGGCAAUGAAAAGGUUAUGUGUGGGGCUCAACUUUUUCAUGAAGAAAAGUUGUUUGGUAAAGUCUCAAUGAAAACCAUCUUUGGUAGGAGAAAAAUUAAAAAAGAUGGAUUUGAAGGCAAAAUGAUGACCAUUUCUCCGGUUGAACAGCUACAAAGAGAAGAGCGGAAACCAUGGAUUUGUUAUUCUGUCUUAGAUGUGAAAAGCACACUAGAGCUUUAUGAGAGCUUGAAAUGCCAACUAUCGAAGGUGCCAUGGCUACUUGAUGGAGUGGCAGUUUAUGGAAAAUCCAUGUUUGAGUUCUACAAGGAGUACUGGCAACCGUUUGGUGAGCUUUUGAUUAAAAUGGAAACCGAGGGAAUGCUAGUUGAUCGGGCGUAUCUCGCUAAGGUGGAGAAGGUAGCCAAAGCAGAGCAAGUGGUUGCUGCUAAUAGAUUUCGCAACUGGGCGUCUAGGUAUUGCCCUGAUGCCAAGUACAUGAAUGUGGGACGUGAUGCACAACUACGUCAGCUCUUUUUUGGUGGCAUUGCAAACAGAAAGGAACCCAAUGAGUUUCUUCCCGAGGAGCGGAUUUUCAAAGUUCCUAAUGUUGAUAAAGUGAUUGAAGAGGGCAAGAAGACUCCUAGCAAAUUUCGCAAUAUUAGGCUGCAUAGAAUCCUUGAUACUCCGCUGCCAACUGACAUAUUCACAGCAUCUGGUUGGCCCUCAGUUAGUGGUGAUGCUUUGAAGACCCUGGCUGGAAAGGUUUCUGCUGAAUAUGAUUUUAUGGAUGAGGCUUCCGACCAGCAAUUAGAUGACAAUGUUGAAAAUGCUUCUGAAAAUGAAGUUUCAGAAAAACAAAAAUCAACCAGUGACGUUGACAAUUCGGCUUAUGGAAUGGGGAGGGAGGCUUGUCAUGCCAUUGCUGAUUUAUGUGAAGUUUGCUCCAUUAACCACUUGAUAUCCAACUUCAUUCUCCCCUUGCAGGGAAGUAAUAGAUCAGGCAGUAAUGGGCGUAUUCAUUGUUCGUUAAAUAUCAACACAGAAAGUGGGCGCUUAUCAACUAGGAGACCAAAUUUACAGAAUCUACCUGCCUUAGAGAAGGACCGGUUUAAGAUCCGUCAGGCAUUCAUAGCCGCACCUGGGAAUUCACUUAUUGUUGCAGAUUAUGGGCAACUGGAACUUCGGAUUCUUGCGCAUCUUGCGAGUUGUAAGAGCAUGCUGGAUGCCUUUAGAGCUGGUGGAGAUUUCCAUUCUAGGACUGCAAUGAACAUGUACCCACACAUUUGUGAAGCAAUUGACAAAAAGCAAGUGCUUCUUGAGUGGCAUCCUCAACCCGGUGAAGAGAAACCCCCAGUUCCACUAUUAAAGGAUGUCUUUGCUUCUGAAAGAAGGAAAGCUACAAUGCUCAACUUUUCCAUCGCAUAUGGGAAAAAUCCAAUGGGGCUUGCCCGGGAUUGGAAGGUUUCUGUUGAGGAAGCAAAGGAAACAGUUGAUCUGUGGUACAGUGAUAGAAAAGAGGUGCUGACCUGGCAAAAAAAGUGUAAACAAGAGGCCCUUGAUAAACGGUUUGUGUGCACAUUGCUAGGACGUGCCUGCCAGUUCCCUUCGAAGGCCAAUUUUGCCGCCUAUCAAAAAGGCCACAUUGUGGGAGCUGCUAUUAACACCUCAGUGCAGGGUAGCACCGCUGAUGUUGCCAUGUGUGCCAUGUUAGAAAUAUCAAAAAAUGUAUGGUUGAAGGAGCUUGGGUGGAAGCUACUUUUACAGGUUCGUGAUGAAGCAAUCUUGGAAGGACCAACAGAGACAGCUGAAGUUGCAAAGGCCAUAGUUGUUGAAUGUAUGUCUAAACCUUUCAAUGGCAAGAACAUCCUUCAAGUUGACCUAUCAGUUGAUGCCAAGUGUGCUCUAAACUGGUAUUCUGGCAAGUAGCCUAUCGCAACGAUGAUGGUGGAUUUUGGUUCAAAGCUCUGUAGUGAGGUACUUUUGCCCAUCGAGGAUGGAGUUCUGUGCUAGCAACAUGAGCAUUAUCUUUGCCGAUGAUACAUUUGCAACCAACCUGGAAAUCAGGCCUCAUCAUAUUGGGCAGAUGUAAGAUUUUUUGCCAUCUUUGAUGUUGCAGUGUUCCUGGUACGACCGGGGGUGAGGGUGUAAGGAGGCUGCACAAGUGAAAAGUGUUCUCAUUCCCUGUACAUAGGAAUUCUUAACAAUUUUUAGUCAGUCAGUUUCCUUGCAACUGUCUGGGUGUUGGCGGAUUCAAUGUUUCUGCACAGAAAUCAAAGCCCCCAUUUUCCAAGCA